AUGAACCAUUUAUCGCGGCCGUUGCAGAGCCUAAGGUCCUCAAGCCUUAUGUCUAUCGGCGAGGCUAUCAAGUCCGAGAGAACAUUUUUACAUACGCAGACUCCCAAAAAUGAUGAUUAUCCACAUGUUAAUGUAUGGUCUUCGGAGCACGAUAAGGACGGCAAUCUAGUCUACCGGCCGCCUGCAUCCCAGUUGGUAGACCAGAUGUGCUUAGACACCCAUGGGCCAUUUGGUCAGCCUCGACUCACAGCGGAAGCUCCGAUAGGCAAGGAGAUGCUCGAAAUUCAACAGUAUACUUUGGACCAAGCUAUGGCUCGGAAAUGGGCCAACAACCUACGAUUUCUAGCUCUGAAAUCUGUAGAGCAGCCAGGCAUGAACGAAUAUUUCCCGUUUCCCAUACCUAAAACCAAGUCGAUGCACGAUCUUUGGCUAACAGAGCCUGGCGAGUUUCCUGGCACUACCGACUAUGUUACGGUUUCCUAUUAUUGGCAGACAAAGGAAAGAUUUCCGAAAUAUACCGUGAGCGAUGCCCAGUCAUCCACGCCACGGCCGGUGACGGCUCCCAAUGAAGUGCUUAAUCGUACAAUUCAUUUUGCUACAUACCACAAUACCUGUUUUAUAUGGAUUGACCAACGGGCCAAGUUCACCGCUGGAAUCCUAUCCGUAUCCGUUUACGAGCCUCGAUAUACAGAGGCUCUGAAUGGUCUCCGCGAAGCUAGGUAUCAAGAUGAUUACGGCUAUCUUCCUCCAGCUGGUUUGGGUAGAGAAGCAGAGUUGAGCCCAAGACCAUGGGAUAUAGUUGGGUUGUUUGAGAUUUUGGCUUCAGAUUAA